UGACGUCACUUCCUGCGCGCGCCCGAUCAUGCUAACCGUAGCUAACCAGCAGCCAACGAAGACCUGUCCCACAGAUUUUACUCUCCGUCAAGAUACCGAUAGGCUCCCGGUAGCUGCCCGGUGAAGCCUCAAAGUGUCCCCGCUGUAUGUCGUGUCUUCACGGGCGUCCAGGAGCUGCUGCUGCCCGGUAGAGACGCCAGCUCUGGUUGUUGUUGACAUCCGUGAAGAUGUGUCUCUAAGCUCCAUGACGUUACUUAUUUCGCGGAAGUUUCUGUUUCUUCUCCAGUAUGCAUUUAACACAUCUCCUCUGACUCGGCAUUAGGCCGGAUCUUUAAGUGUUUGUUUUUUUAUUAAGUCUUCGGUUGCGAUGAAGCUGCAGUGUGAUGUGGAGGUGGUGAAUCGGAUGCUCCCCUCGUUUGGGAUUAGGAACCGAGGGAAGGGGGUCAGGGCGGUGCUGUCCAUCGGGAAACAUGUGGAUAAGACGAGUCAUCGCAGCAACAUCUACAUGAUGAUCUGCACAGCUAAAGACAGAGCAGGCUCCAGGUACAAGCUGAAAGACAACAUAGAGAAGUUCUUCACUUGGUUUGUGGAGGAAGGCAAGGCCACUGUGAGAAUAAAGGAACCAGCUGUGGACAUUUGUUUGAGCAAGGCUGAUGCAAACAGCUUAAAGAACUUCCUAUCAGCUGCUCGUCUGGCGGACAGAGGGAGUGACGCCAGCAGCCUUCCUCUCUCCACGCUGACUCCUGUUCGUGCCAGAGACGUGGAGCAACCCAAGAAGAAGCUCAGCAUCGUCUCCAAAAAGGACUACCCCCUCACCUCCAGCUUCCCCUACUCUCUGGAGCAGCUGCAGGUGUCCUACUGCAAGCUGUCCCGCGUGGACAUGAGGAUGCUGUCCCUGAAAGCUCUCCGGAAGCUUGACCUUAGUAACAACCACAUCAAGAAACUCCCCGCCACCAUCGGAGACCUGGGCUGCCUCUCGGAGCUCAUCCUGCACAACAACCACCUGGAGGCCUUCAGCGAGGCGCUCUGCCUGUCCACGCUGCAGCGCACCCUGCAGCUGCUGGACCUCAGCCAGAACCGCCUGCGCUCCCUCCCCGCUCAGUUCUGCCAGCUCAAAAAACUGGUGAACCUCAAACUGGACGACAACGAGCUCGUCUGUCUGCCGUUCCACGUGGGCCGGCUCUCCUCGCUGAGGUUCCUGUCCGCGGCGCAUAACCAGCUAGCUGUGUUGCCGGGUGACUUCCGUAAGCUGAGUCUGGAAAACCUGGACCUGUUUGGAAAUCCGUUCGUCCAACCUAACCCUCUGGACCACACCAUGAAACUCACGUUCCCCCUUCCACUGCAAGAGCUGGCUACCAGAGCUGUGGCCAACCUCAGGUUACCAUACGGACCUCACCUCAUCCCGGCCCACCUGUGUCGGGACCUGGAAGUAGCGAAGACCUGCGAGUGUGGCCGUGUCUGCCUCAAUUACUUCAUCAAGACGGCGGUCAGCAUGAACCUGCACCAGGUGUCCCACACGGUGGUCCUGGUGGACGACAUGGGGGGCACAGAUGCUCCGGUGCAGCAGCACUUCUGCUCCCUAUCCUGCUACUCUGAGUUUUUAGACAAGUCCCUCCAGAGAGGAAUCAGAUGAUGAAGAACAAACGCUUUUUUCAGACAAAAAACACACCAGAACUGCUGUGGAUUUUGGAUUUGAGAUACUGUUGGACGAUACAGUUUUCUUGUUCUGCCUUUAAGUGGAUUUUGACUUUUUAAAAGUGCUUCAAGAGGGUUAUAACACUAACGCUCUAUUAUAAUGCAGUUCCCAGCAACCGGCUCCAUCUGUAACUGAGAGGCACUGAGUUUAUACAAUGAUAGUGGGCAGCAGCACUGACAUAAAGUGUCAUCUUCAGAAACUUCAGACUCUCCUACUUGGCCUACUUCUACUCGGCAGGGGAAUAAAGAAAUUAGAUAUUUUUCCUGAACACAGUGCCUCAGUCAGUGUGUGUUAGCCUAUGGGAGUUGGUUUUACUGUUUAUUACAACCCACAAUUGUAUAUAAAUGUGAAUUUAAUCAAAUAAAAUAACAACUUUUUGUCCAAAGUA